UAGGUCACAGGUUCAAAUCCCCUCUCCCCUUCUUUAUACUUUGUAUUGCCUUUGUGGCUUAUAUAGAUCAAAUAAUAAAAAUAUUAAUAGGCAAUCGAUAUAUUAUCAGUGAUAAGUCUUCUCGACAAAAAACCACUCGGAGAUUCGUGAAUGACAUCCGAUAAAACUUUUUUCUUCCUAUUUGAAAGCACCUUGGAAAUGAGAGAACCUCAUAUUUACCCUAGUUAUCACUUAUCCCAAAGAAACAAGGGGUUAAAUUCAACAUUUUGCCUAAUAGAGUUGCGCAUACUUGAGAAAGUUCCCCAAAAUUUAUUUAUGAACAUUAUAGGCGGGAAAAUCAAAUUUGAUUUCCAAUUCUCCUUCUUCCUCCAUCGCCUGCUAUUACUCUUUCCUUUCCUAAUUCAAAGGAAGUUUCUCCUAAGUGUUUGGUGAAGCAAUAAGUCUGAUUUGUACACCUAGAUAAUUGAACAUAUGGAUUCAGAGGCUGCACGCACUGCGCGAGACUCUCUGGAAUUGGCAUUUCAGAUGUCAAACAUACUUGACACGGGAUUAGAUCGUCACACACUCUCUGUUCUAAUCGCACUAUGUGACCUUGGCUUGAAUCCUGAAGCGCUUGCUGCUGUUGUCAAGGAGCUCAGAAGAGAACCCUCACCUUCUUCAACUAUUCCAGCUGAUGCAAAACCCGCUCAUUCAUGACUCAUGAGUAUCUCUGUUUGCUAUUAUUUUCUACAUCCUCCUUUUCUUUCUUGUUUCUUAUGUAGAGUUCAUAAAUUCUUCUUUCCAUCUAAGAGAUUCGCGGAUGUAUCAGCUUUAAAUUGCAUUAGCUGGUAGACUAGUCUUUUGAUGUAUAAAAUUGGUAUCUCACUAUUUCCUUAUGUAUGAUGUUUAAGAUAAAUUUUCAUGCU